GCCCAUAUUCCACACGCCUUUUCUUCUGUUUGAAAUUUCCGUUUGCCCUAUAAAUACCCCUCUCUCUUCCUUUGUUCAAAAUAUAAACAAAAUCCAAUUCAGAAGGAUAACAGCCCUUAUUCAAAUUCAUUCAUCAUUUCAUUUCUCUGCUAACAACAUGGUUGAUUUAGAUUGGAAAGCCAAGAUGGUCUCCUCUGACAUGCCCAGUAAAUCCCCAAAGCUCUCCAACAAGCUCCACGUUUCGAUACCCGGUUCGUUUCGCGCCGCACAAGUCCAAACUGAUAUUUCGGAGGCUUCCGAAAUGGCUUGCUCCACUUACGAGCACUACCUUCGCCUCCCGGAGCUCCGAAACCUCUGGAAUUCCAACGACUUCCCGUGCUGGAGAAACGAGUCGGUUCUAAAACCGGCCUUGCAAGCUCUCGAAAUUUCGUUCCGGUUCAUCUCCACCGUUUUGUCCGACCCGAGACCGUACUCGAACCGGCGCGAGUGGAAGCGCCGCCUCGAGUCGCUCACCACCAGCCAGAUACAACUCAUUGCGAUGCUGAUCGAGGACGACGAAGAAGACAGCGAGACACGUGGAGCCGCUCCCAUCGUCGAUCUGAGCACGUCGUACGGCGAGCUCGCUCGGAACGGGAGCUCAGCCGAGGUGUGGAGUUCGGGUGAGACGACGGUGGUGAGCCGCACCAGCGAGGCCAGCUUGCUUCCGCGGCUCGCCACGUGGCACAAAUCCGAAGGCAUGGCGCAGAAGAUCUUGUACUCGAUCGAAUGCGAGAUGAGGAGCUGUCCGUACACGCUAGGUUUGGGAGAGCCGAACCUAGCCGGGAAGCCGGACCUGGAUUACGACGCCGUUUGCAGGCCGAGCGAGCUGCAUUCGCUGAAGAAGAGCCCGUACGAUCACAUCGACAACUACGAGAACCAGACGGUGUACACCACGCACCAGGUCCUCGAGUCGUGGGUGUUCGUCUGCCAGGAGCUUCUCAAGCGCGUCACGAGCCGAAUCGAGGCGAGGGACUUCGAAAAAGCCGCCAGUGACUGUUACCUGAUCGAACGGAUAUGGAAGCUUCUGGCAGAGAUCGAAGAUCUCCACCUUCUGAUGGACCCGGACGAUUUUCUGAGGCUGAAGAACCAGCUCAGCAUCAAGACGGUGGACGAGACGGAGUCGUUUUGCUUCAGAUCGAAGGGCCUGGUGGACGUGACGAAGCUUUGUAAGGAGUUGAGGCACAGGGUGCCGUACAUCUUGGAUGUUGAGGUGGACCCCAAGGGUGGGCCCAGGAUUCAGGAGGCGGCGAUGAGGUUGUAUUCAGAGAAGAAGAUCGGAUCGGAUUCGGACUCGGAGAAGAUCCACGUGCUGCAGGCGCUUCAGGCGAUUGAGUCGGCGCUGAAGCGGUUCUACUACGCGUACAAACAGGUGCUGGUGGUUUUGAUGGGUAGCUUGGAAGCGAAGGGGAACCGAGUCGUGGUGAGUACGGAGAUAUGUGACUCACUAAGUCAGAUAUUCUUGGAACCGACUUAUUUUCCGAGUUUGGACGCGGCAAAGACGUUUUUGGGCGACAGUUUGAAUCACGAACAUGGAGGAGGAGUCGGACGGAGUCGGAGGAAGCAGUGAGUACUGUUUGGCGCGUUGACUGGUUGGGUUAGGUGGUUGACUGGGUCUCCUUCUCCUCUUCUUAAAUUGUGUGUAACGGAGACUUAUAAUUAAGAGAGAAAUUUUUGUACUUAAUAUUUUGAAUGUUUCCCCGGUGGAUUUUUGUUAUAUGUUGUAGGUCUUCAUGUAUGAUUAAAUCCUGUAAAAUAUUACGAUUCUUAUAAAAUAUUUAAUUUGUUAUUUAUCCAAGGAGAAUGUAAUAAAGCCCAGAAUUGGAACA